CUGGGAGGGAUAAUGAGGGAGGAGCUCCACAGCAAAUAUAUAUCCUCUGUUCCUGUCCUAUCGAUGAACACCUUUCCUCUCCUUCAGAAGGAUCGUUUCACUUUCCAACAUGAGAGCAAUCGUCCUCCUGUGUCUGCUGCAUGCAGCUUUUGGUCAGGUUCAAAACAAAUUCUCAUGGAACGGACCCGCCGUCACAAAAGCCACUGCAGACUCCAGUCAAGACAAACUGUGCAGCAAUGACCAAGCGGCGUGCGGCUGCUGCCUGAUGCAGAAGCAGAUGUCGAGGAUGGAGGAGUUCUUCAACAUGACGGCCAAAGAACUGAGCCAGCAGCUGAUGAACACCAAGACGACCCUCAACAACAUCAAAAAGAACCGGGUUGCCUUCUCCGUCGCCCUGAACAACGACAACAGCAUGACCUGCUUUGGCCCCUUCCCCGACGACAGGCGGAUCCCUUACAAGCAGGUCUUCCUGAACCUGGGAGACAGCUACAACGCGCAGACCGGCGUCUUCACCGUCCCCCGCUCGGGCGUCUACAGCGUGGCUGCCACCGUCUACAGCCUGUCGCCCUUCGACAUGCCCCAGGCCACCUGCGCCCAGCUGCAGGUGAACGGCGCCGUCGUGGCCCCCCUCCUGGAGAAGAACGGGCUGGACAGCGAGGACAGCAGCACCGUCGUGCUCGCCAGACACCUGAAGGCGGGCGACCAGGUGACCGUCAGCCUGCAGAAAGGAUGCAACAUCUGCGACGACGUCAACCACUUCAACACGUUCACCAGCUUCCUGCUGUACGCUGCCGAGCAGGCAUAGCUGGCUUUAACUCUGCGACACGACGUCUGUUCAGCUUAACAGUAGUGGGUUCUAUCGCCACUCGUUGUGUUCAAGAGUCUGUUUUCUUCUGUAUGCCAUUGUUAGCAUCGCGUCGACUGAGGGGGAUGAACAAAUAAAAUAGCUGUUAUGUCUAUUUUUUUUUUUUUUUUUAAAGUUGAUGUAUCCUGGCUGUAACUUUUGACCAAUUUGAAAUUCUGGUGAAAUUUUCUGAUCUGAGCAACAAGUGAAAUGGUUUCAUCAUGCAAAUAAAAUAAACUAGACAACAUAUAAG